UGGAGGGACUUGAUGGGAAGAAGGCGGGGGUUACAGGGCUCGUUUUAAAUCACAUGAUCCACAGAACUUGGAAAGGUUGAGUUACUAAAAAGCAGGAGUCGAGAAAUCAUGCCUACUACUCAACAGUCUCCCCAGGAUGAGCAAGAAAAGCUACUGGAUGAAGCAGUUCAGGCAGUGAAGGUCCAGUCAUUUCAGAUGAAACGAUGUCUGGACAAGAACAAACUUAUGGAUGCUUUAAAGCACGCUUCUAAUAUGCUUGGAGAGCUUCGCACAUCUAUGCUGUCGCCAAAGAGUUACUAUGAGCUCUACAUGGCUAUUUCUGAUGAGCUACAUUACUUGGAGGUUUAUCUGACAGAUGAAUUUGCCAAAGGCAGAAAGGUGUCGGAUCUGUAUGAGUUAGUCCAGUAUGCAGGAAACAUUAUUCCACGUUUAUACUUGUUGAUCACAGUUGGAGUAGUUUAUGUGCGGUCAUUUCCGCAGUCUCGUAAGGAUAUUCUUAAAGAUUUAGUGGAGAUGUGCAGAGGUGUGCAGCAUCCCCUGCGAGGGUUAUUCCUCAGAAACUACCUUCUGCAGUGCACCAGAAACAUUCUACCAGAUGAUGGUGAACAGCCCGAAGAGGAAACCACUGGAGAUAUUAAUGACUCAGUGGACUUUGUCCUGCUGAACUUUGCAGAAAUGAACAAGCUUUGGGUUCGAAUGCAGCAUCAGGGUCAUAGCAGAGACCGGGAGAAGCGAGAAAGAGAGAGACAAGAAUUGAGAAUUCUUGUUGGGACCAACCUUGUUCGCCUAAGUCAACUAGAGGGAGUAAAUGUUGAUAAAUACAAGCAGAUUGUCCUGACUGGAAUUUUAGAGCAAGUUGUAAACUGCAGAGAUGCUCUGGCUCAGGAGUACCUUAUGGAAUGUAUUAUCCAGGUCUUUCCAGAUGAGUUUCAUCUUCAGACGCUCAAUCCAUUCCUGCGUUCCUGUGCAGAGCUCCACCAGCAUGUGAAUGUCAAAAACAUCAUAAUAGCACUGAUUGACCGACUUGCAUUAUUUGCCCAUCGGGAAGAUGGUCCUGGAAUUCCAGCUGAUAUUAAACUAUUUGAUAUUUUCUCUCAACAAGUUGCUACUGUUAUACAGUCGAGACAGGACAUGCCUUCAGAAGAUGUGGUUUCAUUGCAAGUGUCCCUAAUCAAUCUGGCCAUGAAGUGCUACCCUGAUCGGGUUGACUAUGUGGAUAAAGUUCUAGAAACAACUGUAGAAAUCUUUAACAAGCUAAACCUUGAACACAUUGCUACAAGUAGUGCCGUGUCAAAGGAGUUGACAAGGUUGCUUAAGAUACCCGUGGACACGUACAACAACAUUUUGACGGUGCUGAAACUGAAACACUUCCAUCCUCUAUUUGAAUACUUUGAUUAUGAGUCUCGUAAAAGUAUGAGCUGUUAUGUUCUGAGCAAUACUCUGGAUUAUAAUACAGAGGUGGUUGCACAAGAACAGGUAGAUGCUAUUUUAAAUCUUGUGUCAACACUGAUUCAAGACCAACCAGACCAGCCUGCAGAAGACCCGGAUCCAGAAGAUUUUGCAGAGGAACAAAGUCUUGUGGGCAGAUUUAUUCAUCUCCUUAGAUCUGAAGACCCUGACCACCAGUACUUGAUAUUAAAUACUGCAAGAAAACACUUUGGUGCUGGAGGUAAUCAGAGGAUUCGAUACACAUUACCGCCACUGGUGUUUGCAGCUUAUCAGCUGGCUUUCAGAUACAAAGAAAAUUCAAAAACGGAUGAUAAGUGGGAGAAGAAGUGUCAGAAAAUAUUUUCAUUUGCACACCAAACUAUUAGUGCCCUGAUCAAAGCAGAGCUGGCUGAAUUACCACUCCGGCUCUUUCUGCAGGGAGCUUUGGCAGCUGGCGAGAUUGGCUUUGAAAACCAUGAGACCGUAGCAUAUGAGUUUAUGUCACAGGCAUUCUCUUUGUAUGAAGAUGAAAUCAGUGAUUCAAAGGCUCAGCUUGCUGCAAUUACAUUAAUAAUUGGAACUUUUGAGAGAAUGAAGUGCUUUAGUGAAGAAAACCAUGAGCCCUUAAGGACUCAGUGUGCACUCGCUGCUUCAAAACUACUGAAAAAACCAGACCAGUGCCGCGCUGUUAGCAUUUGCGCACACUUGUUCUGGUCUGGGCGAAAUACAGACAAGAAUGGUGAAGAGAUUCAUGAUGGAAAAAGAGUCAUGGAGUGCUUAAAAAAAGCUUUGAAAAUUGCAAAUCAGUGUAUGGACCCAUCUUUGCAAGUCCAGCUCUUUAUUGAAAUUCUAAACAGAUACAUUUAUUUUUAUGAAAAAGAAAAUGAUGCGGUAACCGUGCAAGUCUUAAAUCAACUCAUUCAGAAAAUAAGGGAGGAUCUUCCAAAUCUUGAAUCAAGUGAAGAAACUGAGCAGAUAAAUAAGCACUUUCAUAAUACCCUGGAUCAUUUGCGUCUAAGAAAGGAAUCACCUGAAGCUGAUGGGCCAGUUUAUGAAGGUCUUGUUCUGUAGAAUCAGUUGACCAUGUUAGGGUUUGGUCUGAUUUAAAAAACGGGAGCAAAACCCUUACUAUUCUAACAUCAUGUUCACCUAGAAUGUAACUUACAUAUGUGACAGAACUACAGAAUUUUCACUUUAAUGACUUAGCACUUCACCUUGCAUUCCUUGCCAAAAAUGCCCCGGACAUUUCUGCUUCCAGUCAUUGCGUCCCUUUUUAAACCAGUUUCAAUCUGAGGUAUUCUGGCUUUUUCUAAACUAGCAUGAUAAAGGAUUUACAGGCCAUGAAAUUCAUCUCAAUUAGCAGGAGAAUAAUAUUAUGUAAUAAUGACCUUUAUUUGUAUUAUCUGGAAUUCUGUAAGUCCUGUGCACACUGCAGCAUUUUGUUCCAAGGUGGCAACAUGUAUUACAUUUUGUGAUAUGAUCGGGAACGCAGAACCUUACCACAUACUUUAGUGUGGGGAGAUGUUCUCCUGUUUUUCCUUUUUUCAUUUUUUGCUUCUUUUCUUCUUGUACAUGGUUUUGCUUGCAUUCUUCAUUUAAAACAUAAUGAUUUUUAUGUUGUGUAUUGUCUGGAUUAAAAAUAUUCAAGUA